GCCAGUGCUGUCGUUUGUUCUAGCUUCGGUUUCGGUAAAAAUAUCAUGAAGUAAUUCAUAAGUUCCGGCGUAAAUUCGUGUGAAAAAGCUUGGGAAACCAUGGAAAUGGAAAGGGUUGACCUGUCCCUGAUUUGCAGGACUUGCAAGUGCGUCUCGCCGACGAUGAAGUCGGUUUUCUCGGGUUUCGAGAGUGCAAAUAUUUCAAUUCACAAUCCCCGUAUCGACGAAAUGCUAAUGGCCUGUGCCGCUGUCCAGAUUGAACUUGGUGACGGUUUACCUAAUCUUAUGUGUGAGAUGUGCUGCCAAAGCUUGAAAAACGCUUAUGACUUUAAAAGACAAUGUGAAGCAGUUGACCAUAGUCUAAGGGAAUACUGCAAAAAUAUGAAAGUUAAUGCUAUAAAACAAGAGCUACAAAAUACAGAUUUCAUGGAAUCCCUCAACACCUUAAGCAAUUUGUUAGUUGAUGAUACUACUUCGAAUGCUCCUAAUAAUCCAACCCAACCCCAAACCAAAGAGGCAACAAAAACUGUAACUGAGACUCAAACUGAUACUACAUCUACUGCAUCUGCAGAAAAUGAAGGCAAGCCUAACAUUCAUCCAGAGACUGACUACAUUCAGUUUUUGGACAACAAUCAGAUGCUUCUUACAUGUAGGGAAUGUACAAAAAUGUUUACUACUUUAGAGGGGCUAAGAUCGCAUAAACGUGCGCACGCAGGUAAUACUUUCAAAUGUAAACAAUGUGAUAAAGAAUAUACGAGGAAGAACCAUUUGGAACGUCAUGAGGCCUCUCAUGGCAAGAAGAAAGUUCAUGUGUGCAAAAUUUGCAGCAAAACGUUAACCCGAAUGGAGCACUUAAAGCGGCAUCUUGUAACCCACUUAAGAGAAAAACCUUUUCAGUGUAAAACUUGCAAUAGAGGAUUCAAUAGGAUUGAGCAUUUGCAUAAUCACAGCCCUAGGUGUAAAGGUGAAGUAGUUCAUGUUUGUCCAGUUUGUAAUAAAGCUUUUACCAGGGAAGACAGUCUGGAAGUUCACAAGCAACAGCAUGAUAAAGCGUUAUUGUCUUUACCUACUAUAGACAAUUUGGAUAAUAUUGAACAACAUUACUUUGAGGUUGAUUAUGAUGCCAGCGUGAACUUCUCAGACAAUUCGGACCUCGAGGAUUGUUUUGAGCCGCAAGUAGAAGUCACCGAAAGUGCUGGAGAUGCAAAACUAGAAGAAGCGAAAGACGUAGGAGUAGUAGAAAUCAAUGAGGAAAAACUUCAGGACACUGGUUUUUCUGACUCCCAAGCAGAAGACGUCGAAGAAGAGUGCAUAGAAAUUCGGCAAGAAAUGGAUGAAGACGAUGAGGAAGAAGAUGAUGAAAAACCCUUAGCGACGUUAGCUGGAAUAGUGAAAGCCGAAAGUAAUGACAACAAAAUUUUGUUGCUGGUAGAAGAAAAUGAACGCGGCGAUUAUAAUGAUACCACCAUUAUGGAUGUUGCGAGGGAGACUGAAGUAGAAAAUGAGGAUUUAGGUGGAGAUGGAAUACCUGUUGAGGCUGCCAUUGAUAGUGGGGAGUUUGACAACUUUGAAAGCUAUGACCAGGAAAAUGCUGACAGUUCUCAAGAAAGUUCAGACGAAGAAUAUAAACCUCCAGUUCAAACGUCUCCGAAUGGUAAGAGGCGAGGUAGGCCUAGAAUUCACCCUCCUAAACCUAAAGGGACUGGAAAAAGAGGCAGACCAGUGGGAAGUAAAGGUAUUAAAAAGAAACCAAAAGUCGUUGAAGAAGAAGAGAUCGGAGAAUUUCCUUGUCCUUUGUGCUUGGAAUUCUUCGAUAGAAUCAGUCAGUUGGAUAAGCACGCGAAAGAAGUGCAUCCUGGUCUUAAGAUCCACACAUGCCAUGUAUGUGACAAACAGUUUUCACGACCGAAUCACCUCAAACGACAUCUGACGUCGCAUUCUGAAGAGAAACCUUUUUGCUGUGAGAUUUGUACAAAGAGUUUUGUACGGAAAGAUCACCUUUUGCAGCAUCAGAAGUUACACGAGCAGCAAGAGGAUAUACCAUGUGACGUGUGCGGCAAGUGUUUUAAUAGGGCGGACCAUCUUGCAAAACAUAAGGCCUCUAGACAUGGUAUUGGAGAUAAAGUUACGGUCAUGGGCGAGAAAAAGUAUAACUGUGAAAUCUGCAUGAAAGGAUUUACCACCGAGAAGUACCGCGACGUUCACAUGAAAGCCCACAAAGGCGACAAACAGUACAGCUGUAGGGUGUGCGAAAAAUCGUUCCUUUCAAAAUCCCACCUCACCGAACACAUGAAGUUCCACAACGAGCACUCCAAGAAAUUCCUUUGUUCUGAAUGUGGACAAAGGUUUAUCCGAAACGACUAUUUAGUUAUACAUAUGAGAAGACACAGAGGUGAAAAACCAUUUAAAUGUAAAUUCUGCGGCAAAGGAUUCCCUAGAACAACGGAUUUGACGGUACACGAACGUUACCAUACUGGGGAAAAAACUCAUUUAUGUACUGUAUGCGGCAGAGGAUUCGGAAGGGCAUAUAAUUUAACAGUGCAUAUGCGAACGCAUACGGGGGAGAAGCCAUACAGAUGUACGUAUUGCGAUGCGGCGUUCGCGCAAGGCAACGAUUUAAAAGCUCACAUAAGGAGGCAUACGGGAGAGAGGUUCCAGUGCGAUUUGUGUACUGAGAGUUUCUUAAUGGGUUAUUUGUUGACGCAGCAUAAGAGAGCUGUUCACGGUCUCAACGUAGUAAGCAACAUUCGUCGCCUGCAACCAGUACACAAAACCGAAAACCCCGACGAACCACCCCCGAUAACGAUACCGCUACCAAAACCGACGAUUCCAGAAAAUCUGAUGUUCACCCACCUCUUGCACCCGCACGUGCCCGGUUUCCCCAAAGAGGAAAAAGUUGAGGAGCCUCAAACUCACCCUCCACCUCCGCCGAUGCUCGCGAAGCCGAUCAUGCCUGAAAAUUUGGUUUUUAACCAUUUACAGGCGCAACUGUCGCUUUCGCAAAUGCAUUUUAGUGCACAGAGGCCGACCAUGUAAAUUGCCAUAGAAUAAGCUAUAUUAGCUAAAGAUGUCGAUAAUAUUAUACAGGUAUGUUAAGAUAGUAUGGCCUCAAAACGACUUUAUUUCUUAUGUGAUUAUGCUGGCAGGAUUAGCAUUGUCAUUACUUUUUAAGUAUAACUUAAGAAUUUAAAAUACCUUCAACUCAGAAAGAAGGAACAAUUAUUUUUAUGUUAAUAAAGCAUCACUGUUUGUUUCAAUAUUCAUGCCCGUGUGUCUUAGCUGAAAUUAACAAGUCGGUUUUUUUAGACAUCUAUAAGCCUUGAUUUUUUCAUUGCGAAUUAAUAACAGACACGUUUUCAGACUAAAGAAAUCUGCCUAUAUUGUAUACCAAAAUAACUCUUACAACGGUUGCUUUUAAUUAAAAAAAAAUAGUUUUUCAUCCUUUUUGCCGCAAAAAAAGAUACUUUACAGCAGUCGAUAGGAAAAACUAUGUUUGAAAUGUUUGUUAUUUUAAUUAUUUAAUGUUUUGACAUUUUUGGAGUAAUUACUAUCGUAAAACUUUGACAGGGUUUUAGGGAAUUUUUUGGUGUAAUUUUUAAAAUAUUUAAUAAUCAGGCAUUUGUUUUAUCUGAUAGGAACAAUUGAUCCUUUGACUACAAAUUUUCCAAAUAUUAAAUAUUUAAAAUUUACCAAAAAAAAAAUUUUAAAAUGGUGUCAAAGUAACCCCGCAUGGGGGGCUUCUUUGAUAUGUUUUCGUUUUAAAUGAAAGUAGUCGUCUCCGCGCGGGGUUACUUUGACAUCGCAGUAUGAAUUUUUUUGUAAUUUGAAAAUUUUUAGGGUUAAAAAAACGAAUUAUAUAUGUUUUCAAACAUAAAUAUAUUUAUUUUAAGAAACUUUAAACAAAAUCCUCUUUAUUUGUGAGUUAAAAAACAAAAA